AUGCGAUUGCGCCAUUUUUGGCUGAUGACUUUUGGCCUUUCCGUCACCGCUUUCGUUUUCACUCAAUCUGUAGAGGAGACUUUUGAUGGAGAAAUGCGGAAACAAGCGAUUCGUGAUCCGAUAAGAGAUUUGGCUGAUGAUUUUCCCCGAAUAUCCACUGGUGUCAGCAGAAAUGCAAGGAUUGGAGCUCAGAGUCCGGUCGAAAAUCAGCCAAAAGUGUGGUCAUCAAACAUUUCACCAUCAUCGCAAAAGAAGGAAAUCUUAAAGAUCGAAAGUGCGAACAGUGAAGCGGUGGAAAGGAGGAGAAAAGAAGAGAGAAUUGUCGCCAAUUCCCGGCAAACAACUGAGCAACCAGUGGACGAGGAUGAGGAUCCAUUCCACCCGGAGAAAGUGACGAAAAUCGAGGAAAGUGAGGGAAACGAUAAUGAUUACAAAGAUUCAGCGAAUCGAGAAGAUAUUACAGAUUAUAAAGACACAGAAAAAGAUUCAGCGCACGAAAAUGAGGAAGAAGAGGAAAAAGAUGAAGAAGUUGAGGAGGCAACUGUUUCAACGACAGCGGAGCCUUUUGGAAGUGAUGAAUCGAUUUUCAAGUUGAAUCGGCCGGGAAUUGGAGAGAAGCCUCUCUUCCCAAUGCUUGAACUACCAUUAGUGCCAAAAAGUGAGCAAAGCGGGCCAAUUGAAGAAGAAAUCGAAGAAACUGAGGAUUCCGAGGAAAAAAUGAUCACAAGGACGACAAUCGCCGGGAAAAAGAUGACAUUCAUGCCGUUGAGCACCACAAAGAAAUUGGUGACUGAAAAAACGACACCGACAAUGAAAACCAGCACAACAACUCCAUCGAGCACGAGCACGAGCACGAGCACGACAAGCACAACAACUACAACAACUACAACAACUACAACAACCACGACAACUGAGGAACUCACCACAACAGCUCAGGAGAGCUCGCUUGAAACAACGAGUGGAUCUAUAGAAGAUCCGGAAGAUGAAGAAAACGAGGCUGAGACAGAAAUGACAACGACCGAGAUUGAGAAAGAGUUUGGGGCAGAGAGCAAAGAAACGACCGUAGCUGAGCCAUUAUUCAAACCUGGAACAGUGAACUUGUUGCCAUUGUUGCCAACGGAGAAAAUCGAGUCUUCAAGAAUGGUUGAUGGGAAAGAUGAAGAGAUAGAGAGUGGAGAAGUGACGACAAUGGCACAGAUUGAAGAGGAUGAGACAAGCACUGAACUUCCAACUCCAUCAGCUGAAAUUCUCACCUCUGAAGAAACGGCGAGUCCAGAGAUGGACACGACAAAGAUUGAUUUGAAUGGAGUGACGACAUCGACGGAAAAUCAAAACACAGAAAAUGGGGAAAACGAGACAUCAACAGAAGGAACACAAAGCAAUGAAGUGGCUGAAGAGACGUCGACGAGUGUCGAGACGACAACACUCAUCGCCUCUCGUGCUUCAUUCGCUUUGCGUGUGCUCUCAGUGGAGUUCUUCAAUGAUUUCCUCGAUCAAGAAAGUGGAAAGAGUCGAAAGUUGAGAGAGCAAGUCUUGCCACCGCUCCGCGAACUUUUCUCAACCAUUUUGGACUCAUUUGUGAAUGUCGAGGUUGAAAAUGUUCAACGAGGGAAAUCAGCAGGAGUCGUUCUGAAUGGAGUGAUCUACACAAAGCGAUCGAUUGACGAUCCGGAAGCGAUCGCUACAAGAUUAGAUGAGUUGAUGUUACAACGAGAAGGCGUUCUUGGCGAGCACGUUGUUGAGCCACACUCAAUUCAUAUCAAUGAUGUGCCAUCGAAAUCGAUUCUCUCCGCAUCGGGAAUGGUGCCAGGAGUCCAAGGUGAUCAGGGAAUGCCCUCAUCCGAUACUCCACUCAUCCUCGCGUUGGUUCUUCUCGCGCUACUCGCCAUCAUUGUCGUCUCAAUUUGUGUGAUCAUUAUGAACAAUCGAAGAAGUAGUGGCUCAUCGAAAAUCAAUGGCAACGGUGGAGCGACAGGGAGCAGUGAUCUUCCGUCAAGAACCGAGCAAGGAUUGCACGCGUACGCGAACCCGAAUGUCAACUUGACCUCCUAUGCGUCUGGUCACGCCGGUGGCGCUCCCCCCGGUCUCACCAGACAUUAUGACGCCCACGCACACAAUCAACCAACCACCAUGGAUUAUUCUUCGAUGAGCUCUUAUCAUCCAUCGGCGUAUGCCUCGUGGACACACGAGAAUCAUUUGAUUGAAUCGAUGAAUCGCGGAUCCGAGUCUCCAUUCGCUGAAGGAUAUCGACGAUACGAACCGCAUUAU